UCCUUGGAGUUUGGAAAUGUUUGCUCUGAUUUGAUCGUUUUCGCAAUCGGAGCAAGCAUGAGGAAAUUGAUGCAAAAUGGUUAUUUAAAUUCGAAUGACUUUACUUUGGAGGGUAGGGUUUUGGCCUUGCUCUUUUGAUCGAAUUUGAUUUGAUUGUUGAAGACGAAAGGAAAAACGUUGAAAAUCGAUAAAUUGUUUGAAAGUUGAAACACAGGAUUUCGGUUCCGGCCGGAUUGGAUUAUCCGGACUUUGAUUGAACGGCCUUUGUUUUUGCGAUUCGCGACCAAUUAGGAGAUUUGACGAUUCAAUGGCGUGGUCCGUCCGUUUGAGCCGUUGUUUCUUCUUAUUAUAUGUGGUCUUGAUCCUAUGAAUUCUAGGACAUACUCUACUUCCGGCUGAUUUGGCUUAAACACUGUUGGCCCUUGGUGUGAGCCUUCUUUCUGCUGUUUUUGAUGGGUGCUCCGAAGCAGAAGUGGACUAACCAAGAAGAAACAGCCCUGAAGGCUGGAGUUGUUAAACAUGGAGCUGGAAAGUGGCGAACAAUACUUAAGGAUCCUGAAUUCAGUGAUGUACUGUAUCUUCGUUCAAAUGUUGAUCUCAAGGAUAAGUGGAGAAACAUGAGCGUCAUGGCUAAUGGCUGGGGGUCCCGAGAGAAGGCGAGGUUGGCACUUAAGAGAUCGCAUGCUCCUAAAAAAGAUGAGAGUAUUGUGGCCCAAGGCAUUGCUGUCCAAAGUGAAGAUGAAUUUCCGGAAGCCAAGACUGUUUCCCUUUCCUUGGACAUCAAGCAGAUAGCUGGUCCAAAGCAAUCAAAUGUAAGAAAAGAAGAGGAAGAGGAAGAUGAAGAAGAAGAAGAAGAAGAAGAAGAAGAAGAAAAAGAAGUAGAAAGAACAGAAAGAGAUGCAAUGUAUGAUUGUCAUAGGUUAGACAAUCUUAUAAUUGAGGCAAUUUCUACCUUGCGAGAACGUAGUGGCUCUAUUAAGAAUAGCAUUGCUUUAUAUAUAGAGGGUCAGUACUGGGCUCCUCCAGACUUCAAGCGGUUGUUAUCAUCGAAAUUGAAGUUCUUAACAGCUAGUGGUAAACUGGUUAAGGUUAAACGGAGAUACAGACUCGCUUCAACGGUGUCUUCUUGCGAGAGAAGGGGCUCUAUGUUAUUGUUGGACGACCAGCAUAGAGCCUCUAUGAGAGAUAACAGAGAUGAAAUGUGUACACUUGCAAAAGCUCAAAUGGAUCUUGAAUUGGCGAAGAUGAGGACCAUGACAUCCCAAGAGGCAGCUGCUGUUGCUGCUCGAGCAGUUGCAGAAGCCGAAGCAGCAAUAGCAGAGGCCGAAGAGGCAGCAAGGGAAGCCGAGGCAGCUGAAGCAGAUGCUGCAGCAGCACAAUCAUUUGCAGAAGCUGCAAUGAAGACACUGAAAGGAAGAAAUCUUCCGAAGAUGCAGAUGGUUCGAGUUUGAUGGAAAGCAAGACCUGAUUUGGAUGAGUUAUGCGCUGUUCUUAAUUUGAUCGGACAUGUUCUGCACUUGCUAUCAGUAGAGCAUUAUAAGCAACCUUCUCUCGCCCACCAUUUUCAACCACUUUUUGGGCAACUCGAGCAACAGGGUCAGACUUGGAUAUCUAAACAAGGGAAGUUGCCAUGGGGCUUAAUUAGUUGCAGGUAAAAAAUGUAUAUUUCUUGUAGUAUAGCAAAUCUGUGGGCUUCAUCUAAUGCUCUUUCUGGUGUUGAUCAAUUAUUACCAUUGUUUAUUUUGAUAGGCUAAGCUUGUCCUCCAACUUUGAAGUUGAAAUUAGUGUAAACAAGCUUUUUUUUUUAUACAAUUAUUUGUUAUUCAACAAUAAUCACUGGCUGCCA